AUGAGCGACGACGAGACGUUGGCCGAUGUGCGAAUAGUGCUUGUGGGAGACGAAGGAUGCGGAAAGACUUCUUUGGUAAUGAGUCUUCUGGAGGAUGAAUGGGUCGAUACGGUGCCGCGGAGACUGGACAGGCAAGCUGUGACAUUUCCAGUCUAAUCCUUCAUCCCGUUCACAUUUCAGAGUGCUGAUCCCGGCCGACGUGACUCCCGAGAACGUGACCACCAGUAUUGUUGAUCUGUCGGUAAAAGGAGAAGGUGCAUGACGCAGACGUUCAUCAAUCGAUAAUGAUAAUAGUUUAGACGAGAAUUGGUUGAUAUCAGAACUGCGCCAUGCGAACGUCAUCUGCGUUGUGUACUCUGUGACGGACGAGACCACCGUCGAAGGAAUUCAGACGAAGUGAGCUAUUCCGAAAAGGGAAUUUGUUAUUUUUUCGAAUUCAGAUGGCUUCCGUUGAUUCGACAAGCAUUCGGAGACUAUCACGAGACGCCAGUCAUUCUGGUCGGAAACAAGUCAGAUGGGACUUCCAAUAACACUGAUAAGGUGUGCUCACGAGCUUCUCGAGCAAACUCAAAUGACGAUCUAUUCAGAUUCUCCCAAUUAUGGAGUCCAACACGGAAGUAGAAACAUGUGUGGAAUGCUCUGCUCGCACUAUGAAAAACGUCUCCGAGAUCUUCUAUUAUGCUCAAAAAGCGGUAAUCUACCCGACAAGACCGUUGUACGAUGCGGACACGAAACAAUUGACGGACAGAGCGAGAAAAGCGCUCAUACGGGUGUUUAAGGUGCGCCGAGCCGCUCACUCCUCUUCGAAACAAACCCCUUUUAGAUUUGCGACCGUGACAAUGACGGUUAUUUGAGCGAUACAGAGCUCAAUGAUUUCCAGAAGCUCUGUUUCGGAAUACCGCUCACUUCUACAGCUCUUGAAGACGUGAAAAGAGCAGUGGCCGAGGGCUGCCCUGACGGCGUCGCUUGUGAUGCUCUAAUGCUCGCCGGUUUCCUCUACCUACAUCUUCUGUUUAUUGAAAGAGGAAGACACGAGACAACGUGGGCGGUUCUGCGUAAAUUUGGCUACGAAACGAAUCUAAAACUGGCGGAGGAUUACUUGUACCCGAGAAUUGGAGUUCCGGUCGGAUGCUCGACAGAACUGUCUCCGGAAGGCGUGCAAUUUGUGUCGGCUCUUUUCGAAAAGUAUGACGAGGACAAGGACGGAUGCCUAUCUCCCAGUGAACUUCAGAAUCUGUUCUCCGUGUGUCCUUCGCCAGUCAUCACCAAAGAUGUAAGAAGUCACAAUCAAUUUCACGAAAAACAAGCCUUAUUCAGAAUAUUCUGGCCCUCGAGACUAAUCAACGCGGCUGGCUCACUUAUAAUGGCUACAUGGCCUACUGGAAUAUGACGACCCUCAUCAAUUUGACACAGACAUUCGAGCAACUCGCGUAUCUCGGUUUCCCCGUUGGAAGGAGUGGACCAGGUCCUUCGAUCCCCCGCAAGACAAUGAUCAUUCUAACUUUUCAGGUCGUGCUGGAAAUACACUUGACUCGAUCCGAUUGACUCGCGAGAGAAAGAAGGAUCUGGAAAACCACGGAACCGACCGGAAGGUGUUCCAGUGCCUGGUAGUCGGAGCCAAGGAUGCAGGAAAGACAGUGUUCAUGCAGUCCUUGGCCGGCCGCGGAAUGACCGACGUGGCACAAAUCGGACGGCGUCACUCUCCGUUCGUCAUCAACAAAGUGAAGGUGAAAGAGGAGAGCAAGUACCUUCUGCUCCGUGAGGUCGACGUGCUCUCGCCCCAAGAUGCUCUCGGAUCCGGAGAGACUUCUGCCGAUGUGGUCGCCUUCCUUUACGACGUCUCCAACCCUGAUUCGUUUGCGUUCUGUGCAACGGUCUACCAGAAGUACUUCUACAGGUAACCCCCAGAUCGUUUAUAGAGAACGGUUUUGAUAUCUUUUCAGGACAAAGACGCCGUGCGUUAUGAUCGCCACAAAAGUGGAAAGAGAAGAAGUUGAUCAGCGAUGGGAGAUUCCGCCAGAAGAGUUUUGCAAGCAGUUUGAACUGCCGAAGCCGAUCCGAUUCACCAGCAACAACGUGAGCGCCCAUCCUUCCUUAUCGUUCCCUCCAACUGAUUGUUUCCAGAUUGGUCAGUCGUCCUCCCCGAUCUUCGAGCAACUCGCAAUGAUGGCUGUCUACCCUCACCUCCGUCGUCUCUUCUAUCUUAAUGACUCUAAUCUCCUGUCCAAAAUCACAUUCGGCGCUGCCAUCGUGGCACUUGCCGGUUUCUUAGUUCUCAAAAACUUGUAGACCCUUCCCUAUAAAGUCUCGAUCAGGUGCUCUCUAUGUUUAAUUAUUCAUUUUCGCCCGGGUCGCCCGCCAACUAUCCGAUUAGGAUUCUUCUAGCUCUCCGCAACUUCUCCCCUGUGUACAUCAGCAGCAUCUUUUCUUUCUUCUCUGUGCUCAUUUGUCUUUUGUACUCGUUUAUCUCCAUCUCCCUAUAAAUCUUGUGUUUAUUUCGUCAAGUUUCGCUUUUUUCAUGCAUGAUGUACACGCAGAAUAGAACCGCGACACAAUAGAACCGGCCACAAUAUAACUGUUUGGGGCGCCUUCUAAGCCUUUCUGUAGAAUAAUUGUUUCGUAGAAAAAGAUAAUUUUUGAAUCUCGUGAUCGAUUUAUUGCAUUCAUUAAUUUCACUUCCGUCGUGAUCCCUCUUCUCUACGGUAACGAAAACCCACAGAAAAUAAUUUUAUUGUACUAUCAAAAACGAAAGGAAACCAAUUUUCUAGGUAUAAACUGUGGUCUCCAGCUUAAUUGUUCAAGAGACGAAACAUUUUAGUUAAAUGAAAAGAACGGACAAAAUGCUCAUAUAAAUACACAAAAACAGUUCUAUUAUGUCGCGGUUCUAUUGUGUCGCGGUUCUAUUCUGCCCUGUUCUAUUAUGUUGGACCGUCUCCAAAACUUGAUAUUUUCUGAGUAGACCUGCCUUUGGUAUACGCACAGAAAGUGCGCUCCACUGAAUGGCGAAUCGCCAUGGCGUUGCAGCGCCAAUUUUAAAUGUGACCUUCCACUCGGGCGCGAUUCUCCAGGAGCGGAACAGCUGGCAGUUCGAUCUCAUUUGUCAUUCAUUUCAUUUCGGUCUCUCAUUCUCUCUUGCAAUUCUCCAAAACUCCCGCUCUUUCAGGUUUUGGCACACACUUCUCCUCGACUUCCUUCGUCGCCAUAAUGCUCCGCUCGAAAGCCGAGAAUGUGCAACCGCACCCGGCCCCAGGUAUGCUCAUCGAACAUUUGUUUGGAAACGCCUUCUCCCCCCAGACGUCAAAAAGCGGAGACAGAUAAUGCUCGUCCAAAACGAGUCGGCUUCGGAGAAGUCGAUCCCGGAGAACUCGGUGUUCGCCAUCUGCCCAACAAGGUCCAACCGUCCGAAAGUCGGGAACAAGGCGCCAAAGAAAGCUGCCAACGCCGCUAACCUGAAAACGGGAGAGUACGAUUUCGAUAAAGAGGAAGGAUACCAAUUCGUGGAGCUUGCGACCGAUAUCUUUCACUACUACAGGUCGAGAGAAGUAAGCCGUCUGCUAUAGAAAUCUUGGAAACACUUUUUCUCUUUCAGGAAGUGUUCCGUCUCCAUCCCUUCCUCCAUCGUCAUCCGGAAAUCGACGUGAACCACCGGGCAAUCGUCAUUGACUGGCUCGUCACGGUGCAAGAGAUCUUUGAGCUUUGUCAUGAGACGCUGUACAACGCUAUAAAGAUCGUGGACAUGUACCUCGCCAACACCACCUACUGCACGAAGGAAAAGCUCAGGCUCAUGUCGGCAGUUGCCGUCUUGCUCGCCUCGAAGUUCGACGUCAGUCUUUGUUGCUGUUCGUGUUGUUUCUGAGACUUGUUUUGCAGGAAAAGGCGGUUCGGAAGGUGGACGAGUUCCUGUACCUGCUUGACUAUUCGUUCAGUCGCGAGUUCUUUCUCGCUGGCGAACGUGAAAUGUUCAAGGUCGUGGGAUUCGACCUCGGAGCGCCGUCGAGCUACCGCUAUCUGCGUCGUCUGGCCCGUGUCAAUCGGGUCUCGAUCGCCGACCUGACGGUGGCGCGCUACGUACUCGAGACGACACAGCUCGUCUACGAGUUCUGCAUGGUCUCUUCUUCAAGAUUAGCAGCUGCUAGUUUCGCCCUUGCCAUGAAGAUGAUUGAUCCCACUUUUGUCUGGGGCGAGGUGUCGAAGAACUAUUCUGGCUACACGGCGGACCAGGUGGAACCCCUAGCCGAGCACAUCAACCACGCACUGCACUACGUCACCAACAAGUGGAAGCAACUGAAGAACAUCCGCAGAAAGUACUCCCAUCCGUAUGUGCUCUUUCUUCCUUGUCUCUCACAGUUACUCAUUUCCAGAGUUUUCUACGAAGCCGCCCUUGUUCCCCUCCUACCGGACACUCUCGCCCACAAACGGGGACUGGCGCUCCCGAAAUUCUCCUUCCCAUAA